AGCGAUUUUUGCGCUGUGUAGAUGAUGUACUGUAUUGUUUUUGUUUUUAAUAUUUCAGGAAAACUAUGAUUAGGUUCACUGUUUUUUGUAGGUUUCUGUAACAUAAACGUGUUUUCAGAAAGCAGCAGAGGUCGCAAGACUUUUGAGGUUUGUUUUUCUUUCUUUCCUGCGUAUGAAACGAUGCCGCUGGGGUUAAAGCCAUGUUGUGCUGUCUGCAAGACGAACUCGUCGUCGAUGUGGAAAAAAGGAAAUCAGGGAGAAAUCCUCUGUAACAACUGUACAGCUAAAAGCAGCAUCACAGGAGCGUCAGGGCUGGCACUGUCCUCCAGCACACAGCAGAGUAAUGGCGGGGGGAAGCAGUCUAAACAGGAAAUCCACAGGCGGUCAGCACGAUUAAGAAGCACCAAGUACAAGGCGCCUGCGUCUGAGAAGAAAGUUUCAUCAAAAGGAAAAGGAAGACGACAUAUUUUUAAACUAAAAAAUCCAAUCAAAGCACCUGAGUCUGUGUCCACCAUAAUCACAUCAGAGUCGAUCUUCUACAAGGGUGUUUACUAUCAGAUAGGGGAUGUGAUAAAAGUAAUAGACGAAGAGGAUGGUAAACCUUAUUUUGCACAGAUCCGUGGCUUUGUUCAGGAUCAGUACUGCGAGAAAAGUGCUGCAUUAACGUGGCUGAUCCCUACACAGUCCAGUCCAAGAGAUCACUUUGAUCCAGGCACUUACAUAGUCGGUCCAGAAGAGGAUUUGCCCAGAAGAAUGGAAUACCUUGAAUUUGUUUGCCAUGCACCAUCAGAAUAUUUCAAGUCAAGGAGCUCCCCCUUUCCAACAAUACCUAUUCGCCCAGAGAAAGGCUACAUUUGGACCCAUAUUGGACCUACGCCUACUGUGGCAAUCAAAGAAACUGUUGGUUGUAAUUAACUGUAACUUUAUAAACUGAAAUCACUAUUUAAAUAUUAAUAAAGGGAGCAUUGUAUUGCUUAUUAGGUCAAAGGCAAAAUGCUCUUUCUCCCUGUGCAUUUGUGUGUCAUAUAUAUAUAUAUAUAUAUAUAUAUAUAUAUAUAUAUAUAUAUAUAUAUAUAUAUAUAUAUAUAUAUAUAAACCCAAUUCCAAAAAACUUGGGACGCCAUGUAAAGUGGAAAUAAAAACAAUGCGAUAAUUUGCAAAUCAUGGAAACCCUAUAUUUCAUUGAAAAUAGUACAAAUACAACAUAUCAAAUGUUGAAACCGAGAAAUUGUUUUUUGAAAAAUAUAUGCUAAUUUUCAAUUUGAUAUCAGCAACACGUUUCAAAAAAGUUGGGACGUGCAUGUUUACCAUUCUGUUGCAUCACCAUUACUUUUAACAAUACUCUGUAAACGUUUGGGAACUGAUGAGACCAAUUGCUGUCGUUUUGAAAGAGAAAUGUCCCAUUCUUGCCUGAUAUACAAUUUCAGUUGCUCAACAGUUCAGGGUCUCCUUUGUUGUAUUUUGUGCUUCAUAAUGUGCCAAAUGUUUUAAAAGGGAGACAGGUCAGGACUGCAAGCAGGCCAGUUUAGCACCUGGACUCUCUUACUACAUAGCCAUGUAGUUUUAAUAUAUGCAGAAAGUGGUUUGGCAUUGUCUUGCUGAAAAAAGGAAGGCCUUCCCUAAAAAAAAGAUUUUGUCUGGAUGGCAGCAUAUUGCUUUGAAACGUGUAUAUAUCAUUCAGCAUUAAUGAUGCCUUCCCAGACGUACAAGCUACCCAUGCCAUGUGCACUAAGGCUGCUGGGCCAUAGAAGGUUCACGCUGCAUGCUGCACGCUGCACGCUACACGCGUGUAAAGAAAAGUGGACAAACGUAGCAUGACUUGCUCUGGGCCAUAGAACGGCGUUCACGUUGCACGCUGCACACUUCACGCGUGAAGCGUGAAAUGAACAUGCACACUUUUUUCUAGGCGUGAAGACGGAAAUUCCAGUCAAUGCAUGCGGUCACCGCCGCGCCAGCCAAUCAGAACGGGUCUAGGGAGAUAACGCUAUGCUUUCAGGGGAAAACUUCAGAAAAAAUAUAAUUGAAUGGUAUAAUUGAAAAAUAGUUCUUCAUCGGGAUUGUCAAGCAGAUUAUAGAAUGUUCGGUGAAAUUCACCACGGGUUUCUCUCAGAAGGAAGUGUUCUCGGCUCCAAAUUCUGUUCCUUUUUCUCUUCCUCUGUCUCAGUAAAAGCAGAAUGAGGCAAUCGUCGUCAUCUUAAGAGUCCAUAUUGUUGGUUACUCGGUCAAAGUAGAACAGACGCAACACGUGAACAUCCAAGCAUGAAGUUUAAUGGCCCAGGGUCCGGUUCUUCACGUGAACGUGUAGCGUGCAGCAUGCAGCGUGAACCUUCUAUGGCCCAGCAGCCUAAUGCACCCUCAUACCAUCACAGAUGCUGGAUUUUGCACUGUGGACUGAUAAGCUGGAUACUCCCUCUCCUUUUUUAGCCUGGAGAAUGUGGUAUCCAUGAUUUCUAAAAAGAAUUUCUAAUUUUGAUUUGUCAGACCUCGGGACAAUUUUCCACUUCGCCUCAGUCCAUUGUAAAUGAUCUCAGGCCCAGAGAAGGUGGCAGUGCUUCUGGAUGUUAAUAUUUGAUUUUAACUUGCAUUUGUGGAUGCAGUAAUGAACUGUUUUCACAGACGAUGGUUUUCUGAAGUGUUCCUGAGCCCAUACGUUGAUUUGCAUUACAGACACGUGUCUGCUUUUAAUGCAGUGUCGCCUGAGGGCCUGAAGAUCACAGGUAUCCAGUGUCAGUUUUCAGCCUUGUCUCUUGCAUACAGAGAUUUCUCCAGAUUCUCUGACUCUUUUAAUGAUUACGUACUACAGAUGAUGUGAUCCCCAAAUUCUUUGCAAUUUUACAUUGAGGGACGUUAUUCUUAAAUUAUUGCUCAAUCUUUCACAGAGUGGUGAACCCCUCCCCAUCUUUACUUCUGAGAGACUUGGCCUCUCUGGGAUGCUCUUUUUAUACCCAAUUAUGUUACUGACCUGUUGCCAAUUAAUCAAAGUAGUGUUUUUUUUUAAAGCAUUACACAGCUUUUCCAGUCUUUUGUUGGCCCUGUCCCCACUUUUCAGAAAUGUGUUACUAACAUCAAAUUCAAAAUGGGCACAUAUUUUUCAAAAAACAAUAAAAUUUCUCAGUUUCAGCAUUUGAUAUGUUGUCUUUUUAUAUUUAAUUGAAAAUAGUACAGAGUUUCCACGAUGUGCAAGUAUUCACAUUCUGUUUUCAUUUGUGUUUUACAAAGUGUCCUAAUUUUUUUUGGAAUUGAGGUUGUGUAUAAUAUUCUGAUGUCAGUAUAGGGGUAGCCUAGUGUGGCCACCAUUUUGUGGUUAUCAAUUUGGGCAACAAAUGAAAACUAGCACAUACCGUAAAAUACCAAAUAAUAGCCGAGUUCCAAUUAACCGCCGAGUUCCCUUUAACGGCCGGGUGUACGCGUGUGUUGUGACAAAUAAAGGCCGGUUCCGAAUACUCGCCGGGGUCUAAAAAAAAAAAAAAGCGUCCGAACGUUCUAUCUAGAAUCUUGAGGCCCAGCACUUUUCUGGUUUUCUGGUGUUUAAACGAUUUUGCAUUGCAUAGUUUUCUACCGAAACAAUAUGAAUGAAUGAAUGAAUGAAUGAAAUUAUUUCUAUAAUACUGUUUACAACAUUUUGUUACGUGAUAAUAAACAUGCCAUUUCAAUGUUAUAAUCUUGGUCUACCGUAAUAUUUCUUGAGGAAUGCAACUCCGUAACUUUUGACAGAUGUGUUAGCCACCCCUUUGGGUAUACCCAACGAAAGCCAGCGUGUGUGGUGACAUUGAGGACUGCGGGUUUCCAAGGUUGGACUGCUGCUUCUGUUAAACGACCUAAAUUGCCGAAUGCAUGCGUCAAAGCACACACUGAGUUUUAUUAAAGACCUUAUACCAUUUCACUUGCCCUUACCCAUUCGGAUCUGGAAGACGCUUUACAAAAAAGGUGAGAGCGUUCUAACAUGCAUUUCAGUCUGCUCGCGGCCAAUCUAAUCCAAGGGGCCUUUUCAACAAGUAAUCUGUCGUGCAAGUUGGGCAGAAGCACGCGUCAGGCAGGCAACAUGUAGGCCUACAGUCAGUAACCUAUUCAACUAACUUUCAUCCGAACUUUAAGUUUUCUACGGGGUCGAGCCACCGUACCAACUCACUCGGGGAAUAGGCUCAUAUCGGCCAAAUAGGGAGACGUCUUGGAGAGAAACGUGAGAAUGCAAGAUGACAGUAUGUAGCCACUGCAGGUCACUUAUUUUUCAGCAUAAGAAAAAACCCUUUGGUUUGACACUUCGCACCCUAAUUAUGUUGCUUCAGCGUCGCGCCCUCCAUGCAAUUUCAGAUUGACAGACAUCGCGAAGCGCAAAGGGUGGAGGCUGCAUGGGUGAGGGUGAUAGCAAGUGACCAUAACUUUGCAGAGUAAUUAAAUCACAGUGCUGCGCACAGACAAUGGUGUGGUUUCUUGAUUAUUUUGUAAAGCAUGCGCUUAACUAGUCAUUAACAGGAAAAGGUGUGUGAUUUAUCCUUUAUCCACCCCGACUGUGCCAUGCGAACAUGCAUUCUGCGUCUUCAAAAUUCCCCGAAGUCGGCACCGUGCUAUCUGUAAUCUAACUCUAAACAAACUGUAAGUUAUACUGGUUAAAAGUAGGCCUAUCUGAGAAUGAUUUUUUUCCCCGUUUUGAGGUAGAUUUUGGGGAAGGUAUUUGUGAAGAAGGAAUUAAUCGCCUGUUCCAAAUAGCCGCCUAGUCUCUAAUACGCGCCGGGUCUCUUAUGUGAUUGAGACAAAUAAUCGCCCGGGCUAUUAUUUGGUAUUUUACGGUAUUUUCUUAGACACAUUUUGGAAAGAUUAAUGCCAUAUUAGUAAUGUACAAUUGCAAAUUCUGUAUAGUUGAUCAGACCUCUGUGCUGGCUGUUCAAGCAGAAACUAAUAAUUGUAAAUAAAGAAUUUGUCAAACGGAAAAA